UUAUCGGGGAUGCUGCCCGCCGGUGACGACCGGUACCGGGGGAAGGAGCGGCGCAGCCCCCAGCGCUGAACGGUGCCUUCGCCCCGGAGAGCUGCCGCGCCCCGCAGAGGAGUCACCGGGGCAAGCGAUGGAGGGUGCCGGGCAGGAGCCUUGCUGCCGGCAGCCCCGAGCUGGAGGCAGAGGGCAUGCAGAUCGUUGGGAUACUGGUUUUAUACGAAGAGGCAGAAACAGAACAAAUAAUGUGUCCGGCCAGGCAGCUCAGUUAGAGGAAAGCCCCCAAGCCAGUAAUUAUACUCUUCUACCUGGGCAAAGAGAGGAGAGACUUGGUGGCUGGAUUUGGAGGGUUCCUCAAUCAAGCAAGAAUAAACCAAGAAACCAAGGUGGACAGGCCAACAGUGGAGCCACAGGACACCGGAAUGAACAGGAGAAUGAGGGAAGGAGAACGAGGCAUCAGGGUGGACAAGCACAUGAGAGGGCCAGAGGACCCUGGAAUGAGCAAGAAAAUGAGAGUAGAGGAAGGAGGUAUCAAGGUGGACAAGCAUAUGAGAGGGCCAGAGGACCCUGGAAUGAGCAAGAAAAUGAGAGUAGAGGAAGGAGGUAUCAAGGUGGACAAGCACAUGAGAGGGCGAGAGGAUCCUAUAAUGAGCAAGAAAAUGAAGGUAGGGGAAGGAGGUAUCAAGGUGGACAAGCACAUGAGAGGGCGAGAGGAUCCUAUAAUGAGCAAGAAAAUGAAGGUAGGGGAAGGAGGUAUCAAGGUGGACAAGCACAUGAGAGGGCGAGAGGAUCCUAUAAUGAGCAAGAGAAUGAGGGUAGGGGAAGGAGGUAUCAAGGUGCACAAGCCCAGGAUGGAGCUAGAGGGCUGAGGAAUGGGCAGGAAAAUGAAGGUAGGGGAAGGAGGAUGCAACCUCGGGAGAAUCCUCAUUUCUACCAGAGCCCUACCCCAGGUGGUGCCCAGCUCAGUGAGCAGCCUCAGCAAGUCAAAAGGAUUGGCUAUAAAUUCCUGGAAAGUCUCCUCCAGAAAGACCCUUCGGAAGUUGUCAUCACACUUGCUUCCAGUUCGGGUUUGAAGGAACUUCUUUCCCAAACAGCUAUGAAACCCAAUUUCCUUCAACUCAUUUGCCAGGUGCUUCGAAAAGCGUGCAGUUCCCGCAUGGAUAGACAGAGUGUCCAACAGCUUCUUGGAGUGGUGAAGGAGUCCAACUUUCUCAAGAUCUGUCUGCCACAGUAUGUGUCUGACAUGAUAACAGAAGCAGUCCCUGCUGUACGUCAUCAGUACCCUGUGCAUAUCAGCAACAUCAUUUCACUUCUUCAGGACCUGAUCAGUAUUUUCCCAGCCAGCUCUGUGCAGAAAAUAUCCAUUCUCUUGACAGUCUUGCCAGCAUCCAUAAAUGCCCUGAGAGCUUCUGGUGUGGACAUCACAGAAGAAACAGAGAAGAAUCUAAAUAAAGUCCAGAUGCUCGUGCAGCAUCUGCAGGAGAAGAGACGUGAAGGCACACUGAGGGCUGAUAACUAUACUCUUAUGCAGCCUCGGACUGAUGGUCAAGAAGAAACGUAUCGUACAAUGACCAUUUAUCCGACAUAUAAUGAGGUACACCAUGAUGAGAAACCCUUUCUACGUCCCAAUAUUGUUUCUGGAAGAUAUGAGAGCACCAGCAUUUAUCUUGACACUCAUUUCCGGCUUUUGAGAGAAGACUUUGUAAGGCCUUUAAGGGAAGGUAUUUUGGAGCUUUUGCAGAGCUUUGAGGACAAAGGUUUGAGAAAGAAAAAAUUUGAUGAUAUCAGGAUCUACUUUGACACACGGAUUAUUACCCCUCUCUGUUCCCCAACUGGUAUUGUUUACAAGGUCCAGUUUGACAUAAAACCGUUGAAGUUUGUACGAUGGCAGAAUUCCAAACGGUUGCUCUAUGGAUCCCUGAUCUGCAUGUCCAAAGAUCACUUCGAAACAUGCCUUUUUGCCACUGUUUCUAAUCGUGAUAACGCAGAUCUUGCCCACGGGAUUGUGCAGCUAUGUUUUAACGCACAGAGCCAGGCACUGCUGGCAGAGGUUCAGCCCUCAGACUCCUUCCUCAUGGUAGAGACAACUGCCUACUUUGAGGCCUAUCGGCAUGUGUUAGAAGGGUUACAGGAAAUCCAGGAAGAAGAUAUCCCAUUCCAGAAGUACAUUGUGGAAUGUGAUGCACAGGUGAAGCCGCCAACAUACCUGACAAUGGAUACUGCCUACAACUUUGCACCCUUGGUGGAAGAUCCCAUGUCAGAUGAAGAGAUGUACCCUGAUAGUUUGAGAAGGCAAAGUGUCCAUGUUCUAGAUCCCAAGCAGUGGCUUUCAAUGGAAACCUUGAGAUUAGAUGAGUCUCAGAUGCAGGCAUUGAGUCUUGCACUCACCAAGGAGCUGGCUAUUAUCCAAGGACCUCCUGGGACUGGGAAGACUUAUGUGGGUUUGAAGAUUGUUCAGGCUCUCUUGACUAAUAAGCAUGUGUGGCAAAGCACUGUCCAGAAGUCUCCCAUCCUUAUAGUCUGCUACACAAACCAUGCACUGGAUCAGUUCUUAGAAGGAAUAUACACAUUCCAAAAACAUGGGAUGGUGCGUGUUGGGGGCAGAAGUAGCAGUGACGUCCUGAAGCAGUUCACCUUGAGGGAGCUGAGGAAGAAGUGUGAAUUCCGAUACAACUUGCCAAUGCAUCUCCGCAGAGCCUAUGUGAAUAUAACCAAUGAGAUGAAACAGGCUGAGCAAGAGCUCCAUGAAGGAGCGAAGCACUUAGAGUGCACAACAUAUGGAGUUCUGCAUGAACGCCACUUGGAAGCAUGCAUCGCACCCCAGCACUGGGACAGUUUGAUGAAUGGUCUGGUAAGAGGGGAUGAUGAGGAGUUUUACUACAGUGCUUCACAACACUCAAUGAUUCUGGAGUGGCUGGGCCUUGGUGUUACUGUCUUCACCCAGAAUGCUGCAGAGAAUAUAGGGGCUGAGAAUCCAGGUGGUCAGCAGGAGAGAGAGGAGGAGUGGGAAGGUGAAGCAGAAGAGGAGCUUUUGGAGAUCCCAGAGGAGGCUGACCUGAUUCAAGCUGACAGAGUGAUUGAGGAUGAAGAGGCAGCAAAGCCUCAGGGAAGGAAGGAGGAAGAGCACAGAGCUGUUCAUGAACUAGCCAGCAUGCUGUUGGCUGUGAAGCUGGAGGACCAGGAAGAAGGAACAGCCCAGUCACAACAGAAGACUAUGCAGUGGGAGGUAACUGCUGCCCAGAGGAAGAAAAUGAAACAGAAGAUGAAGGUUGAGCUCCGUAAACUGAGUGCAAUGACAGAGUUAGAGGCCAAGGCUAUUCAGGAUCUGUGGCAACUUGACCUGAGCUCCCGCUGGAGGCUUUACAGGCUUUGGCUGCAGACCUAUCAGGGGUUGAUUCGACGGAGGAUUCUGCAGCAUGAACAGCAGUAUCAGGCAGCUGCAGAAAGGCUGACAGAACUGCGGCUGCAGGAGGAUCUCUGCAUUCUCAAGGAGGCCCAAGUUGUGGGGAUGACAACUACAGGUGCUGCCAAAUACCGUCAGAUCUUGCAGAAAGUAGAGCCGCGAAUUGUCAUUGUAGAAGAGGCAGCAGAGGUGCUUGAGGCUCACACCAUUACUACUCUGAGUAAAGCUUGCCAGCAUCUCAUCCUCAUUGGAGAUCACCAGCAGCUGCGGCCCAGUGCAAAUGUAUAUGACCUGGCCAAGAACUUCAAUCUGGAAGUCUCUCUCUUUGAACGGCUGGUGAAAGUCGGUUUCCCCUUUGUCCGUCUGAAAUACCAACACCGCAUGCGUCCUGAAAUUGCCCAGCUUCUCAGUCCUCAUAUAUACCAGGAGCUGGAGAACCAUCCCUCUGUCCUGAAGUAUGAGAACAUAAAAGGGGUCUUAUCUAACCUCUUCUUUGUGGAACAUGACUUUCCUGAGCAAGAGAUCCAGGAAGGGAAAAGCCACCAGAACCCACAUGAGGCCCAGUUUGUAGUGGAACUGUGCAAAUACUUUUUGUGUCAGGAUUAUCUACCUUCUCAGAUCACCAUUCUCACUACUUAUACUGGACAGCUUUUCUGUCUGCGUAAGCUCAUGCCAGCCAAGACCUUUGCAGGUGUGAAGGUUCAUGUAGUAGAUAAGUACCAGGGGGAGGAGAAUGAUAUUAUUCUGCUGUCACUCGUGCGGAGCAACAAAGAGGAGAGAACUGGGUUCUUACAGAUCCCUAAUCGGAUAUGCGUAGCAUUAUCCAGAGCUAAGAAAGGGCUGUAUUGUAUUGGAAAUAUGAGAAUGCUUGGCAAGGUUCCUCUCUGGAGCAAGAUCAUUCACACCCUUCGGGAGAAAGGUCACAUUGGCCGCUCAUUGGUGCUUUGCUGUCAAAACCACCCUGAAACCAAGACACUGGUAUCUACAGCAGCAGACUUCAGCAAAGUCCCGGAAGGAGGCUGUAGUCGUCCCUGUGAAUUUAGGUUGAGUUGCGGACAUGUUUGCACAAGGGCAUGUCACCCAUAUGACAUACAGCACAAAGAGUAUCAGUGUCUGAAGCCUUGUCAAAAGGUGCUUUGUGCAGAUGGGCACCGCUGUCCACGGUCAUGUUAUGAACCCUGUGGACCAUGCAUGGUGAUAGUAGAGAAAACUAUUUCUAAGUGUGGCCACCUGCAGAUGGUGCCGUGCUCUACUCCAGACAGUGAGUUUCUUUGCCAAGAACCUUGCCAGAAAAAGUUGCACUGUGGGCACACAUGCAAAAAAUUCUGUGGGCAGGAAUGCACGAAGCGGUGUCCUGAACUGGUUACAGUCACGCUGAAAUGUGGCCACAACCAGCAAGUUAAAUGCUGGAUCACUGAGGAGAUGGAAGAUGAGAAGCCUGUGGAAUGUAAGACUAAGUGUUCUGUCACACUGGAGUGUGGUCAUGUGUGCUCAGGUUCCUGUCAUACCUGCUUUGAAGGAAGAUUUCAUAAGCCAUGUAACAGCCCGUGCAAGCGCUUCUUGGUCUGUUCCCACAAGUGUCAGCAGCCUUGUACUACAGAAUGCCCUCCCUGUCAGCUGGAAUGUCAGAACCACUGUAUCCACAGUAGGUGUAAAAAGAAAUGUGGAGAGCGCUGUUUUCCAUGUGCUGAACCAUGCGAGUGGCGGUGCCAGCACUACCAGUGUACCAAUCUUUGCUCUGAACCAUGCAAUAGGCCUCGCUGCAAUGUACCAUGUGCUAAGCUGCUCUGCUGUGGUCAUCCUUGUAUUGGAUUGUGUGGAGAGCCCUGCCCAAAGAAGUGCCUUGUUUGUGACCAUGAGGAACUCACUCAGAUCUUUUUUGGCUUUGAGGAAGAUCCGGAUGCUCGAUUUGUACAGCUUGAAGACUGUGGCCAUGUCUUUGAGUCCCAAGGCCUUGACCAUUAUAUGAAUGAAGAUGAUGAUGUCAUCAAGCUGAAGGUAUGCCCUAUCUGUCAGACACCUAUCAGAAAGAAUUUGAGAUAUGGUACCAUUGUGAAAAGGCGGCUAGACGAGAUAGAAAAGGUGAAAGAGAAAAUCCAAGGCCCAGCACAGGAAAUUGAGUCUAGCAGACAAAGACUGCAGACUGCACUGACAGGGAAUGCUGUUCUACAGAGGAAUCUACCCCUUAAGUACCUCAUGCUAGAAGAUAAACUAAAAGCUUCUGAUCUCUCCACAAAGAGUAUCGGACUAAUUGAGAACCAGCUUAACUUCUACAAACGUGUAGCAGACCUAACCAGUUCUAUGAGCAAAAUUGAUGCGAGUGAGAGGAAAGGGCUGAGAAAGCGGCUGGAUGAAGUCCAGGAGUGGCUGGAUAAGCCACGCCUCAGUUUUACAGGACAGGAGCUCUCUGACCUGCAGUCUGAGAUCCAGAGACUGACCUAUUUGCUGAGCCUCUUGGCAAGGUGCAAAGGUGCGAGUGGGAUGAUCACCCCAGCGCUUGCAGCAGAGAUUGCCCGUGCACGUGGGAUCCUGGAAGGGACAAAGAAGUUCACAGAGGAGGAUGAGGCUGCAGUGAAGGCUGACCUGGAGAGGCUCUGCGCUGCCUUGCCUGUGUCAGGGCUGGGCAUCUCUGAAGCCGAGCGGGUGCAGAUUGUCAGUGCUAUUGGCUGUCCCCGCGGCCACUGGUUCAAGUGCAAAAAUGGGCAUAUCUAUGUGAUUGGGGACUGUGGGGGGGCAAUGGAGAGGAGUAAGUGCCCCGAAUGCCAUGCAGUCAUCGGGGGCACAAACCACGCUCUGGACAGCACCAACAGCCUCGCCUCUGAGAUGGACGGGGCGACCCACGCAGCCUGGUCCGAGACCGCCAACAACCUGCUGAACUUCGAGGAACUCCACCGGCUGCUGUAGUGGGGCGUCUGCCCCGCUUCUUGUCGCCCCCGCCCCGCCCCGGGGACGCCGCAUCGGCUCCCCGGGCGCUCGCUGCCGUCCCUGUAAGCUAAUAAAGUGUAUCGGUGCGCUCCGGGGCAGUCUC